GACUACCACCACCACCUGCUCUCUCAUUUCUGCCUCCUCGUUCUGGCCUCCACGCAACCACGAAGUGAAUUUCUGUUCGCAGAGUCGCCCUUGCCUCAACGUACCCCUUCCUGCGACAUUUGCGGUGGCGGCUGCGACGCUGCUCGGUGGUCUACUUUAGUUUUUAGAACGCGAUCUCAUUCUCCCCCCCCCCCAGCCCACUUUCACGGCUCAAACACCGCGUCGCUCUCCGUCUCUGCAGUUAUCCUUCCACAGGCCAGCGCAUCUCAUCGCUACUUACCUCAUCGGCACUACUGAGAACACUUUUCAUUGCUUCCCUGUCCGUGUGCUCUAGCGACCGCUCAGAGGCAACCCGGUAACAUUGGAAAACAGAGGAACGGAACAAAACCAAAUUUUUGUUUCAGCGACAAUGCCGACUUCAGCGAUAAGGCGAACUCGCAACCGUCGUGAUUCCACUCCCGAUCAACAUGCUCAGAAUUCCUCUCCUUCAAGGCCCAGGAGCAAGAGACGCAAGGUUCAAGCCACUGAAACCUCGCCUGACCCUCCUUUGGACCAGAUAAAUGCUGUGAUUGCAAGCUUGGCGAUGCCAGAUCCUAACGUGGUGGUAGCUGUAAAAUAUGCUAACGAUGAGAACUAUCGUCAAAGCGCCCAGGGAAUUACUGCCUAUGCUAAAGUUGCCGGCGCUUCGUGGACCUAUUACGUCAAGGAACUGACCAUCCGCAUUGGUCGCCCGCCCGAUGCUCGCCCUGGCACCGCCGGAUCUCCCACUCCUCCACCACAACAGAAGGCCGAAGAUAUUGUGCACAUUGACCUGGGCCCGAGCAAAUUGGUCUCCAGGAGCCACGCUAUCAUUACUUACGACAUGGCCGGGGACCGGAAUUGGCAGUUGCGUGUCUUGGGAAGGAACGGUUUGAAGGUCAAUGAGGAGCCGUAUAAGAAGGACGCGGUUAUUGUGCUUCAGAGUGGAAGCAUUAUUGAGAUUGGUGGGGUGCAGAUGAUGUUUGUCUUGCCCGAUAGGCCCGCAUCUAUCCACCCCAGCUUCCUGCAACGUGCAAGGGUCCUGGCUCCGAUCGAAGACGAUCUUCAACUGCAGACUACCCAGAGCAACGACUCUUCAAAUUACGAUACUGCUACGAUGCCGUCUUCGCAGGGCCCCAGGCCGUCGUCAUCUCAGCAGCAAUUGCUUCCACCGGCCGUCAUCACAGACAACCCAUCACAGCCGGAACCCGCUAGGAGAAAGGAUGAACCAACGUUUCCUCGUGGGGUUGUUUUGACAGCUGAGAAUAUCGAUUACUCUGAUGAUUCCCUGAAAGACAUGAAACCGCCCUAUAGCUAUGCCAUGAUGAUAGCACAGGCCAUUUUGUCUAGUGAGGGGGAGCAGCUAACACUGUCCGCCAUUUAUUCCUUCAUCACGGAGAAAUAUGCCUUCUACCGGCAUUCCAACACAGGUUGGCAGAAUUCUAUCAGGCAUAAUCUCUCACUCAACAAGGCUUUUCGGAAGAUUCCUCGACGCACCGAUGAACCAGGUAAGGGGAUGAAGUGGGAAUUGCUUGCGGAACAUCGUGACGAAUAUAUCAAAAAAAUCCAGAAGGUCACCAAAACUGGCUCCGGGCGUCCCGGAUCUGCGCCAGGGUCGCCGUCCUCACCCAAGCCCCCUCCUUCUCAAGCCUUAAGGCUAGAUGAUCCCCACGAUCUAGGCACGGGAUACCCUACAAUCAAGAACUCAAGAUCUGUUACGCCACCCCCGGUUGCCUCCUAUAAUAGAGUUGCACCACUGGAGGCCUACACACCUGACCGUGGAUCUCGCCUUCCAGCUCUACGCGCUCAAGACAAUGCUUUAAACGACUUAUCAACUAACCCUCACCACCCCCGAAGGUCUAGUAUUAUCACGGCGACACAUACCAACGAUAUGAUUUCUGCGGUGACACCUGCACCGCAGCGCCAACACCCCCGCCUCGCCCCUCCUUCCACCGGACAACUCCCGUCGUCCUACCUUCCAACCUCCUCUCCAGCCCCGUUCUGGAAAUAUGUCCAAUUUGGGUCUACACCUGCAAAGCCCGGAGACUAUAGCCCUUUGAAGGAUUUGCAUAGCUCUUCCCCACCACCGGUUUCUGGGCCUGAGGGAAGCAGCAGGAUUAGGGAAUUGGGUAGCCCGUUGAAGGAACGUGGUGGUGGUUUUCACUUGGCGGGGUCGAGAGGUGGGACAAGCCUCAUACCGGAUAUCAAGGAGGAUGACGAUGAGGAUGAGCUUGGUGAUAUGCAAGGCGUUGAUUUGGCCAGGUGA